UUGUUGACAUUUGUUUGUGAAAGACAAAAACAGUGGACACACUGGAUGGUGUAUUUUUGGAAAGCAACUAACGGACCUCGGGGCAGACUUGAAGAUCACCGUAUCUUGAUUGAUAACUAGCCGCGUGUAUAAAACGAGCUCCGGUCAGGAUUUGGACUUUGAGCAGAAGAAGAAAGAAGAUCCGAACAGCAGCAGAUGGACGAAGUCGGGAACAAAACAAACCGUUUCACCCGGACUACAUGAGUGGCUGAAUCAUUCACAGGCUAACCAGCCAUCACACUGUUGUCUUCAUUUGUUCUCAUAAACGACUUUAACUAAUAUUUAUUUGUUAAUCUACCGAAGAUUUGCGUACUCAACUCUUAACUGCCACCGAGUAUUUUUCAUGUUGCCAUGGUAGUGUAGAGUUACAAGAGCGUUGUCCGUUAGACUAGCAAGUUAGCAGGCUAGUGCUAGCUGAAGCUAACGUUACCCUCAUUUGAACUGUUUGAGCUGCUGAGCUACAGAAUGUAGCUGAGGUUACCAGACUGCAUUCAUUUCACACAGUGUUUACUACAAGUAGCUCGUCAUUUGGGGGAAUGUGAAGAAUGUGAAGCACAAUGGCCAACUUUGAAGCUUACCAGGAGUAUACGAGGAUUGAGGACUUUGAGGAGGACUCACCACCAGGAGAGGAGGAUUUACUGGUGCAUGUGCCCGAAGGCCUGAAAGACUCAUGGCACCAUAUCAAGAACCUGGAUAACUUCUUCAAAAGGAUCUAUCAUUUUCAUCAGAAAAAUGGCUUCGCUUGUAUGAUGUUGUCAGAGUUCUUUGAACUCAUUCAGUUUCUGUUUGUGGUAACGUUCACGACGUUCCUUGUCAACUGUGUGGAGUAUGAUGUCCUGUUUGCUAAUCGAGCUGUCAACCACACCGGGUCAGGCCAGAACCCCUUGGACAGGAACAAAGUCACUCUUCCAGAUGCCAUCCUCCCCAGUGAGCAGUGCACUCAGAGUAUUCAAGAGAGCAGUUGGAUUAUAUUCCUUCUCAUCAUGGCAGCCAUUUUCUGGAUCUAUCGACUCAUUAAAGUAUUUUGCAAUGUUCUGAGCUACUGGGAGAUCAGACAGUUCUACAUUAAAGCACUGAAGAUCAGAAUGGAUGAACUAUGCAACUUACCCUGGCAGGAAGUGCAGGACCGGCUCAUCAGCCUGCAACGAGAGCAGCAGAUGUGCAUACACAAGAAAGAGCUGACAGAACUUGACAUCUAUCACCGCAUCCUGCGAUUCAAGAACUACAUGGUGGCCAUGAUAAACAAAUCGCUGCUGCCAGUGCAGCUGCAGCUCCCCCUGCUGGGCAAUGUGGUGUUCCUCACCCAGGGCCUCAAGUACAACUUUGAGCUCAUCCUCUUCUGGGGUCCGGGCUCUCUGUUUCAGAAUAAAUGGAACCUGCACCCCAAGUACAAGCGCAGUGGAAACCGGCUGGAGCUCGCACAGCAGCUCAGUAGAGUCAUCCUGCUGAUGGGAUUGGCCAAUUUACUGUUAUGUCCCUUCAUCCUGGUGUGGCAGGUGCUCUACGCUUUCUUCAGCUAUACCGAAGUGAUCCGCAGAGAACCCGGGAGCCUGGGAGCACGACGCUGGUCCCUGUUUGGACGUUUAUACCUGCGACACUUCAAUGAGCUGGACCACGAGCUGCAUGGACGUUUAGGUCGUGGCUACAAACCCACUUCCAAAUACAUGAACUCCUUUACGUCGCCAGUGCUGACUGUGCUCGCCAAGAACUUUGCCUUUUUCUCAGGCUCAGUUUUGGCUGUGCUCAUUGCACUGACAGUCUAUGAUGAAGAUGUCCUGACAGUGCAGCAUAUUCUGACAGCUAUCACCGUGCUGGGAGUGGUUAUUACUGUCGCCAGGUCCUUCAUUCCAGAUGAGCAUAUGGUGUGGUGUCCGGAACAGCUGCUGCAGUGCAUGCUGGCACACAUUCACUACAUGCCAGACCACUGGAGGGGCCAUGCUAACAAGAGCGAGACCCGAGACGAGGUGGCGCAGCUGUUCCAGUACAAAGCGGUGUUUAUUUUGGAGGAGUUGCUCAGUCCUAUUGUCACACCCUUCAUCCUCAUCUUUCACCUGAGGAAUAAGUCUCUAGAGAUAAUCGACUUCUUCAGGAACUUCACUGUGGAGGUGGUUGGAGUCGGAGACAUCUGUUCCUUUGCGCAGAUGGACAUCAGACGCCAUGGGAACCCGACGUGGAUGUCAGAGGGCCAGACGGAGGCCUCCAUAUACCAACAAGCUGAAAAUGGGAAGACAGAGCUGUCUCUCAUGCAUUUCACCAUUAAGAACCCACGCUGGCAGCCGCCUCAGGAGAGCUCAGUGUUUAUCAGCCAUCUUAAAGAAAAGGUGCAGCACGAUGCACAGGGUGGCCCUUCCACCCAGCUGCUGCUCUCUGAGGCUCCCCUCUGCACCUCACUGCAGUCCAACGAGUCUGCCGCUGGGCCUGAUAAUCUGUUGGCCAGUGUCUUGGCUCACCCCAUUCUGACUGCGUCUGGGCUACAAGGGCGAGACCAUCGCUUCGUCCCACCCAGCACCGCUGCUUCUGCCGCUGCCAGCGUCCUGGCCUCUUUGUCCACCUCCCAGCCCGCAAAUGCCAGCCGUGGUCGCUUACAUCAUGGCCUCCUGCACUCAUCCGUCCACCCCGAGAGCACCAUGUACCGCAGCGAUCGCACCAUCAUCGACAGCAUGUCUGUCAGUGACUCUCACAUCCGGGGCAACGCACUGCAUUCAGAGUUUGCUUCAGCAGAGAUGAGUCUCCAUGCCAUCUACAUGCAUGAGCUCCACCAGCAGACCUCCCACCCACAGAGAACUUCAGGGCAGUGGCAGAACCCAAUGCCAAUGAGAGAUCUGCACACAAACACUGGUUUCCGGGCACAAAGUGGCCUCAGUUCCAGUAUUUCCAUGCCCACCCCUGUCCACCUUGGUGGCUGGCAAGAGGAGGAGGAGGAGGAGGAGAAUGAAGAUGAUCAGGAGAUUAACAGUGGAUCUACUCCAAAGCAGGGCAGUGGCAGUAACUGUUGAAGUGCCUUAUGUCAUAAGGUAUAUGCUCUCUUUUAAACUCUGUAAAAUGACACAUGUCUACGAUCUAUGCUUUGUGGUUCUGUAUCCUGUGUUUGUCGAACAAUAAUGGCCUUUUAUCCUACAAGGGAUACAUCGCCAUGAUAAUUUCUCCUCUCUUUUUUUUGUUUUAUAGUGUUUACAUUUUACUUUCUUCUAUGAACAUUGUGGCCUUAGAUGAUCUUCAUGGAGAAUUUAGCAUGGACCUUUAAAACAUCAUUCAGCAGGUUGUUGUAGGGGAGGCACAUUUGAAUAACCACUGUCUCUGCACCUCCACGCCUCAUCCUGUCACAUCAGGCAGACUAUGGCAUCAGGGAAACCAUAUGUCUUCCGUCCGAUCCAUCUUGUUUAUGUCAUAAUCUUGUACAGAUAAACCGUGUGUAAAUUGACAGAGAGACAAUAUUGUGUGUUCAUAGGAUCACUGUGUGAAAAGGUGUGCAAAAGGCUCAUCGCAACUUCUGCUGAGCCUCUUGGAGUAUUUGUGCAUCACAAAGAUUUACAGCAUGAGUCUAAUUGAAGUUUCUCACAUAGUGGCGUCUUGAUCUGUGCGAACUGUAUCGUCGCUGCCUGAACAGUUUUGAUCACCUCAAAAAAGAUAAUUCAAUAUUUCAAGUUGUGCUGUUUGACCCUGGUGAUUUGUAAAUACACUUUUGCGUCUUACUUAUCCUUUUAAAAGUUGACAUAUUCCGGAGCUAAUCCUUGAAAAAAAGAUACCAAGUAUUGUUUUGGUAAAGAACUGACUGUACAGGAGCUGUACUUCUAAAACACAAUGUGUAUCUGGCAAAGCAUGCCUUUAAACCAGACAUACACAUGUGUUGAUGCUGCUAUCUGUGUUUAGUGGUCCUGAAUACAGAUUUUGUUCAGUAUUAAUAUUUCCACAGCUGAUAUAUCAGGACGCUGUUCCUCAAAAAUAGGACUGAAAACAUGGGCCCCAAAUACACUUGGCGUCAAAAUCCCAAUGCAGUAUAAGAUGUCUUCUAAGUCUGUUUAAGCUGGACAUAAAGUCAGCUUUAUGCCUUAACACCGAAAUAAAAACAUGCAUUUUAAUCCUAGUUUUCCGUAUUACCUCAGUGGUGGUGAAGAAAAACUAAUACUCCCAUCAAUACCUCUGCAGUGUAAUUACUCUUUUGUAAAUAUAUAUAUUCAGUAUAUGAGGUUUGAGAUUUUUUGCAGUGUACAGAUGCAUCUUUUAACUGCAUUUUGAUUUUAAUGACAGGAGUAAAUGGAAUCUGUUCUCAUUUCUUGCCCAGCAGAUGUUUAAAGUCGAGCUUUGAUGUCAUAGAAAUCAUUGGGAGGAGUCUUUUAUUUUAUUUUAUUUUAUUUUAUUUUAGAACAAAACAGGGUGGUUUUGCAUUUACAAAUCUUUGUUGUGCACAUCAGCAUUUUUUUGUGUCCUUUUUCCCCCAAAAUGCUCACAUUAAAAAAUGGAACUUUAUCAUUCAUAAGGGCUGAUUUCAGUGUGCGCUGCUGCUUCUGCAGCUUUAGGUUUGAAGGUUUUAGGACAGUAGUUCCUCUCAGUGUUGACUUUAUACUUUCAAAGUAAGAGCAUGAGAAGAAAGAAAAAGUCUUUCCACAAUCUGCAUCAUUGGUUAGCUUUGGGUUUAUUUAUUACCUGUUGCCCCCCAGAUAUUUAAUUGUGUAUUAUUUAUUUUCAAAUGACUGUUUUCCGAAAAAUUUUUACUUAAAAAUUAAAUGACACAUCCCCACUAAAAGUAUUUUCUAAAACUGAUUUUGAAAUUCGAAUUCAAAUGUUUUAUUAAUGCAAAGAUAACAUGGCUAGCUGCAUGAUUUUGAAUGUGAUUUUUACACUUUAAUCUGGCUGUUGAUGCAGUCUGUGAAAAAAAUAAAAAAAGAAUAACCUCUACCCAUUUUUUUUCAAUAGAAGCCUGAAGGGAGAGUGAGAAAAAAAAUCUGGUGAUGUCUUUGUGACUUAUAAACAGGUGGAGAAAAGUUUUUUUAGAUGGGAUUUUUCUUUUUUGUGUUUUUUUUUUUUUAUUUUUUUUUUUGUGAAAAAAAAAAAAACUAAGAAAAUGAUCCUGGCAAACUUUAUUCCCUACCUGUGUAGCGGAUAUUUUUUCCCCAAUUGCUUUGAAUGAUGAUCCUUGCAAAACCUUUAGACUCGUUGUUUAAGGAGAAAAAAAACUAUUUAGAUCAGACUAAGAAAACAAAGCACCAGGGGUUUUUUUCUCACUACUCUGGGCUUCUGUACGUUGUUCAUAGAUCACAGUAAUAUAUAUUUCAUCCCGCGUUUAUUUUGUGAGUGUGUCUAUGGAAGGAAUGCAUUUUGACCACUGCGUAAUUAUGCUAACAUGAACUCAGAAUUUUGCACUGACAGAAAAUAGACAUUUUUUGUAUAUAUAUAUAUAUAUAUAUAUGUGUGUGUGUAUAUAUAUAUAUUAUAUAUAUAUAUCAUCAGUUACAUUUUUAGAAAGGGCCGGUCUCAAAAGGGACACUAAGUCAGUCUCCAUCCGGAAUGACCUCUUCUUGUCAUUUUGUAAAUAAGCAAACCAUCAGCACGUAUUGUAUCCUCGUCGUCCACAGCAAAACUCACCUGGAAGCACUGUGGCCAAUCACAAAAGGUCAUUCUUACCUCUGGUCAGUAAAAGUCCGCCCUGUAGGGGACAAUGUUUGUCUCUGUCACACUGUUAAAUAUGCUUACAUGGGUGUUGUGGUCACUGUUUGUGCAGUGAGUUUAUGUUGUAGAGACUUGGAGCUCAGCUCUGUGCACAGAGUUUCUUUAGAGCGUCUCCACAUUCACACCUCACUGUUACGUUUGUCAUUUUAUUUUCAGCAGUGCCUUAGUGUUAAGGAUUAGUCAUAGAAAGCCAUUUCACGUAAACCAUUUGGAUUUACUCUCACAGAUUUAGCAGCACAUACUAUGUACAGUAUUCUUCUUUUACGAGUCAUUGUGUAUAGCAUCAAGUAUGUCGUGAAGUUUUGGAUGUGGCUUGUAAGAUGAGUUGUAAACUGAUCUUGAUAUCUAGUGUCAGUCCGUUGCAUCCAACAGCACACUUCUUCUUAUCAUGGUGUCUGAAUUUGCACUGUCCUGAAUAUCCUAAAGAAGCAGGAGUGUGCCUUGUUAAUUGCUGGUGUCAUCACAGCCAACCUUCUCAUCUUACUGUGGUUUCUUAUCCACUAUAGACCAGUCUAACAAUCACAAUGACUGGAACAAGGUGCUAAGUUUUCAUCCUGAAAUGUUGAAUAUGUUUUAAGACAUGUUAAGUUUUUUGUUUUGUUUUUGUUGUCGUUGGUUUUACAAAGGUCUGUUUUGUUCUGUAAAUUAAGAGACACUAGCUGAAAAAUGAAACAUGCCAAAAGAACUUGUUUUCAGCACAGCUUUACAUGUGGGUUGCUUUUUUAGAGAGGCAAAUAAAUCUUAUUUUGA